ACCCAUCACUAGCCGGAGCACAUUUUUUAAUUGCUGCUCUUCCGGAAAAUAAUUAGCACAAUGAAUCGACUCAAGCGUAAUCCCCUCCUGCAAGUGGCCAAGUGCGAGAUGUGUCCCAAUCAAGUGACCAACUUCGUGACCGGACUGUGUGGCCGCUGCUCCUCCAUUUGGGCCAACAAGCGGAACCUGAGUCGCGCGACGCUUAGUCCAUAUAUGGUGAUGGCUGCCGCUGUUACCCUGGCCCAGAGUAUACCGGAUCCUCACUCGAUGCAUCCAACCUUCAGGAAAGUCAUCGAGAAGGUCAAGAUUCGGCGCAGCAAGAAGGUGGACCUCUUCCAGAAGCUGCGCAGCCAGUUCCUGGACAGCGUUCUCAUCGAGCAGUUCCACGUGCAGGCGCCACGCCCCGUUGUGGAGGAUGACUACUGGAAUGUGCCGGAAAUCGUCGACAGGGACUACAUAAUGUUCCAGAACCAAGUGGAUCUCCUUCAAGGGAUCAAUAUCGCUUCGCCUGCCGACUCUGACCUUAACAACAACAUAGUGCCUGAAAAAUAGGAACCCCGGAGUAAAUGGAUUUUACAACUUCAUCAAGAGACUUUAGACUUAUACAAACAAUGUUUGCUUAAU